AUCGGCUCCAAAUUUGUUGGAGCGCGCAGUCAUGGCUUCAUAAGAUCCCAACUCAAAUCAGCAUGAAGGGCGUCGUUUCUGUUCAUGGAAAGCUCAACUUUGUAACAGUCACCAUGAAGGGUCGCCUACUCGUUGGCGCUUCGACCGCGUGGCUUGUGUGGGCAACGAUGGGUCCAGUUGUCGCACACCACCGCCUCCUGCAAGAAAGCACCGUGGACUACAUACCAAUGGACGACCCUCGACCGACGCUGUCUCCCUGGGAAGACGACAUCCCUACGCUGAUCCCCACACCAGCCAGCACCACGAAACCUUAACUCAGCCCCUCCAAAAACACACAUACACAUGCCUUCAUGUAACAGCACGAAGCCGAUCCAAUAAUAAUACGUUAUCUCCCUUGCUUGAAGUACACGAUCAAGCCUACCGUGCAACCCCCCAGGCACAGUCCCACCACGAAUAGCGCCAUACCAGAGAUGGCGGCAUCAUCCUUGACAGAUGGUUUCUCAACUUCCUCUUGUACGAGGCCGUCACCUGCUUGGG